GCAGGAGAGGAUGUACAAGGUGCAUCGGGGCCACGAGUCCAUGCACGUGGAGAUGAUCUUGAUCUUCCUCUGCGCUCUGGUGGUCGCACAGGUGGUGCUGGUGCAGUGGAGACAGAGGCACGGCCGGUCCUACAACAUGGUGACCCUGUUGCAGAUGUGGGUGGUGCCUUUGUAUUUCACCGUAAAACUUUACUGGUGGCGGUUUCUCUCUGUGUGGGGAAUGUUCUCCGUUAUCACCAGUUACAUCCUCUUCAGAGCCACCCGAAAACCCCUCUCAGGGAGAACGCCACGAUUGGUCUACAAAUGGUUUCUUCUAAUCUACAAACUCAGUUAUGCCUUUGGUGUUGUGGGCUACUUGGCUAUCGUGUUUACAAUGUGUGGAUUCAAUUUCUUUUUCAUGAUCCAGGCUAGAGACUCCAUGGAUUUCGGCAUUGUAUCCUUGUUCUAUGGCCUCUACUAUGGAAUAAUGGGGAGAGACUUUGCUGAGAUCUGCUCCGAUUACAUGGCUUCUACUAUAGGGUUCUACAGCGUCAGUGGGAUGCCCACAAGGAACUUGUCGGACAAUAUCUGUGCCGUCUGUGGGCAGAAGAUCAUUGUGGAGCUAGAUGAAGAAGGGCUCAUUGAAAAUACCUACCAGCUUUCCUGUAAUCACGUCUUUCAUGAAUUCUGCAUCCGAGGCUGGUGUAUUGUUGGUAAAAAACAGACUUGCCCUUACUGCAAAGAGAAGGUGGAUUUGAAGAGGAUGAUCACUAACCCCUGGCAGCGCACACAUUUUUUGUAUGGACAGAUGCUGGAUUGGCUUCGUUAUUUGGUGGCCUGGCAACCUGUGGUGAUAGGAAUAGUUCAAGGCAUUAACUAUUCCCUAGGGCUGGAAUAGGCCAGCUGGCUGACCCCAGAAGGAAUGCAUUUGCAUGUUGGACUUGGUUGAGUCCCUGAGUCUACAUGUAAUAGUCUUUCACUUUUUAAAUUUUAGCAGUGAUUCCAAGAGUCUAGAGAAGUGAAGAAUUUGGUGUCCUACUUAAAACACUGUUUUUAUGGGCAGAAAUUAAAGAGAAGCUGAACAAUGGAACA